AUGGCCUUCACUCAACUCCUUUCCAUCGUAGCUCUCGCUACUGCGGCCAGCGCCGCAGUCACCAAGCGCGUGACCUGCCCCGGCGGCGGUGUCACUGCCAACGAGGCGUGCUGUGUCCUCUUCCCCAUCCUCGAGGACAUCCAGGCGAACCUGUUCGAGAACGAGUGCGGUGACAACGCGCACGAGGCGCUCCGCUUGACCUUCCACGACGCGAUCGGUAUCUCGAAGACCAACUCGUCCUUCGGUGAUGGCGCCGACGGCUCCUUUGUGCUGUUUGGCGACAUAGAAACGCAGUUUCCCGCAAAUGGCGGCACGGACGAGAUCGUAGCGCUCGAGAAGCGCUUCAUCGCGGCCCACCCGGGUAUUUCGACCGCAGACUUCAUCCAGUUCGCCGGCGCCGUCGGUAUCACCAACUGCCCCGGUGCUCCCAAGCUCGAGUUCCUUCUCGGUCGUAAGGACGGUACGCGCCCGGCUCCCGACGGCACUGUCCCACUGCCGUUCGACCCAAUCACCAAGAUUCUUGCCCGCAUGGAUGACGGUGGUAGCUUCACCCCGGCUGAGGUCGUCGCCCUCAUCUCCGCACACAGUGUUGGUGCCUCGGACAACGUUGACCCCACGAUUCCCCGCACGCCCUUCGACUCGACCCCGAACCGCUUCGACACCCAGUUCUUCGUCGAGACUCAACUUCGCGGCACGCUCUUCCCCGGUAGCGGCCCGAACGAGGGUGAGGUUCAGUCGCCUCUCCGUGGCGAGAUUCGUCUCCAAUCCGACCACGACUUCGCUCGCGACUCGCGCACUGCUUGCUUCUGGCAGGCCAACGCCAACCAGCAAAACCACAUGACGAGCACUUUCGCCGCUGCGAUGGCCAAGCUCAACAUCCUCGGCCAGGACGCGAGCACACUCGUCGACUGCUCCGACGUCAUCCCGACCCCGCCAUCCUUCACCGCCGCUGCAACUUUCCCUGCUGGUCUCUCGAACGCCGACAUCGAGCAAGCUUGCGCGACUUCCGCUUUCCCCACGCUCGGGACGGACCCCGGCCUGGCCACCUCGGUCGCCCCCGUCCCUGUUGGCUCCAUGUAA